GUAAAGCUUCCUUCGAUCCAUCCAUCCAGUACCAACGGCGGUUUGGAUGAAUGCGGUCUCACAAGCCCUGGCUCGGCUACCUUCUUCGGGCUUUUGAGACACCGCCAUCAUCACUUUUGUUCGUACGACUUUCCACCCCCUUCCCCUUCCUCGCUGGGCUUGCAUUUGCAGAUAUGUUCGAUGCGGUGCGGUAAGUGCAUUGCGUCGAAACCGCAGCAGUGCAUCAGUCGGGUCUGUUUUGUUCAGCUGAUGUCCAAUUCAUUCGUCGCUUCGUGUCAAAUCCAUGCAUGGCGUCGGAUUUGGACAUCUUCUGCGUGGCCUCCAUGUUCGAUUUCUGCAUUACAUGUUGUUUUUGCUUUCGAUUUCUCCACAUUUCCCUGUAUUGUCGACAUUAUCUGCACGCAACGCAAGGGAGACCUUGAAACCAACAAAACCUACGAAUUAACCUUACUACGACGGGUGAGGGAGCGAUUGAAGGUUAUCGGGAGCCGCCGAUGCCUACUACUAUGGGCCGAUGCGCAAAAAGCAAUAUUGGUGCACGUUCUACAAUGUCAAACCGUCCAUUAUGAUAUGAUGUCAGAUAUCGAUAUCCUUUUUUGCCUGUUUCAUACCCUCAUAGCUUUUCGCAUUGGCACGCUCAAAGCCAGAUAUGAUAGAUCAUUUCUCCCCGAACAUGCCCUUGCGUUGCGCAACCAUACUUACCCCAUAUCGCCAAGAUGGUCGAGGCGUACUGCGGUAAUCGCGGUAUGGCUGAAUGAGGCGCAGGGUUAGAGCUCUGUGCUGCGCUGUACAAGAUUCAAUUCUUCUGUCGCACAAAUAUCGGGAAUUUGA